UCAGAAUUCACCAGAAUUUAGACUUUUCAGUAAUCUAAAGUCUAAACCGUCUAAACACGGCAUACACAAUUUUUUUACCGAAUUUUCAUUAGCAUAUUGCUGAUUAUCGGUUAUUUCUUUACAAACUUUAUCAGUUAUCGCCAGCUAGCUAUGUUACUGGAGAAUCUUGGUUCCGGAUAAUUUAUUAACUUUCGUUUGAUGCGGAUGCUAUUUUCUUCUUGUGCAGUAGUAGUGAAUAUAGUUACAGUAGCCCGCAUAUCUUGCAAUUUAAAGUUGAGAUCCAAAGUAUUGUUCGGAAAUUCUACUUUACUGUUCAGGCAAAGUUCAUCAUCACCUAUAGUAAAAAUGGAAGGAAAAAAUUCUUAUAAAAGGUGGGAUAACAUUGUGAAAUCUGAGCAGGAUAAAAGGGAAUACAGAGGAUUGUUGCUGAACAAUGAAAUGAAAAUUUUACUAGUAAGCGACCCAUCAACUGAUAAGUCUGCUGCUGCUAUGGAGGUGAAUGUUGGACACAUGUGUGACCCCCAAGAUUUACCAGGACUUGCUCACUUUUGUGAACACAUGCUUUUUCUGGGAACUGAGAAAUAUCCAGUGGAGAAUGAAUAUCCAAGAUUUCUCAGUGAACACGGUGGUAGUUCAAAUGCCUUCACAGCAUCAGAUCACACCAACUAUUACUUUGAUGUUGUCCCUCUCGAACUGUCGGCGGCAUUAGAUCGUUUUGCACAGUUUUUCCUUACCCCACUUUUCACAGAGAGUGCAACAGACAGGGAAGUUAACGCCGUAGACUCGGAGCACGUCAAAAAUAUCCCGAGCGAUGCUUGGCGUCUUUCACAGCUCGAAAAGUCUACUUCUAACCCGAACCAUCCUUAUUCCAAGUUCGGUACUGGUAACAAAGAGACAUUAGACACCAUUCCCAAAGAAAGAGGAAUCCAAGUUCGUGAAGAAUUACUAAAGUUUCAUAAGAAAUGGUAUUCAGCAAAUUUGAUGUCUUUAGUCGUCCUUGGACAAGAAUCCCUAGAUGAACUUGAGAAACUCUGUGUCGGGCUAUUCGCCGAAGUUGAGAAUAAAAAUGUGGAAUCCCCUGAGUGGAUUGAACAUCCAUUCGGUCCUGAAAAUCUUCAAGUUAGAGGACUAGUUGUCCCAGUCAAAGAUAUUCGCAACUUGAAUAUCACCUUUCCCGUACCUGACAUGAGGGAACAUUAUGCAACCCAACCGGAACGUUACCUUAGCCACUUGAUUGGCCAUGAAGGACCAGGCAGUUUGUUAUCCGAAUUGAAAAAUCGAGGAUGGGUCAACUCACUUAUGGCUGGAGAAAGCAGCGGAGCUAAGGGAUUUGCCUUCUUCGGAAUUAACGUUGACCUGACCGAAGAUGGAAUUGAACAUGUGGAUCAUAUAGUCACUCUAGCUUUCCAAUACCUGAACAUGUUACGAAAGCUGGGACCACAAAAAUGGGUAUUUGAUGAACUAGAAGGUCUUUCUAGGGUGCAAUUCCGAUUCAAGGAUAAGGAGAAGCCGCAGUCGUACGUUUGCAGCCUGGCUUCCAAGCUCCAGUACUAUCCCAUGGAGGAGGUCAUCAGCGGCGAUUAUUCCUUCAAAGAAUGGAAACCAGAUUUGGUCACUUCCUUAUUGGAUAUGUUGACCCCGGAAAAAAUCCGCAUCGCUGUUAUUGGCAAAAAGUUUGAAGCAGUAGCCGACUCCAAGGAGACAUGGUACGGAACGGCAUACAAGAUGGAGAAAAUUGAUUUAAAGGACAUUGAGACAUGGGGAAAUGCCGGACUGUCGGACAAACUGCAUAUGCCGCAUCGUAACGAAUUCAUCCCCGAGAAACUGGAUCUUGUCCCCAGAGAAGAAACUCAAGCCUGGCCAAUCACCUUAAAAAAUAGUCAACUGAGUCGUGUGUGGUUCAAGCAGGAUGCAGAGUUCUUACUUCCCAAAGCGGUGGUCUACAUUGAGAUGUUCAGCCCCAUAGCUUACUUGGAUCCUUUGCGUUGCUCUCAAGUCUGUCUACUGGCGAGUUUGUUUCAUGACGCGCUGAAUGAAUUCACUUACGCCGCUGAAGUCGCUGGAUUAGGAUAUGCUCUCCAAAGUACCAAAUAUGGUCUUCAGCUGAGCCUCAAGGGUUACAACGAUAAGCUGCCAACUCUUUUGCAAAAGUUGAUUGAGAAGCUGACAACGUUUGUUGUUGAUCCUCAACGCUUUAAGAUUCUCAAGGAGUCUUAUGUUCGGGCAUUGCAGAACUUCAGGGCUGAGCAGCCGUACCAACAUGCCACGUAUCAUACCAACAUGCUUUUAGCGGAAAGAGCCUGGUCUAAAACAGAUCUACUCAACUCCACGGAUGACUUGACGGUGGAAUCGCUCCAGUCUUUCAUCCCCUUUCUCUUCUCCCAGCUCCACUUGGAAUUUCUAUUUCAUGGAAACCUCACCAAGCAGCAAGCCAUGGACAUGGUCGAUACGGUGGAAUCGGGUCUCAAAACUCAUUUUGCUACCAAGCCACUGCUUCCUUGUCAGUUGAUACGCGAUCGCGAAGUUCAAAUGAACGAUGGGGCGAACUUCUUGUUUUGCGCCGACAACGAGGUGCACGCCACUCAUUGCGUCGAAACGUACUUGCAGCUUGGCUUGGAAGACAAGCGAUCCAACAUGCUACUCGAACUUGCCAUGCAAAUCCUCAAGGAGCCUUGUUUCAAUGUCCUGCGAACCCAGGAGCAAUUGGGUUACAUCGUGUUCAGUGGCGUGAGACGAGCCCACGGUGUCCAGGGUUUGCGCUUCAUCGUGCAGUCUGAAAAAACCCCUGCCUACGUGGACGGACGCAUUGAGGCCUUCCUUCACGGCAUGGAGCAAACGCUGAAAGAGAUGUCGGUCGAAGAAUUUGAACGACACAAGACGGCAUUGUCUGUCCGCAGGCAGGAGAAACCCAAACAGCUAAGCCACCGAGCCGUGCGCUACUGGUCAGAAAUCACAACUGGACAAUAUUUCUUCGAGCGUGACGACGCUGAAGUGGAGGAGCUAAUGCAGAUCACGCACCAAGAGCUGUUGGAAUUUUUCAGUUCGUACGUCUUUCACCAGUCUCCGAUGCGCCGCAAAAUGGCUGUGCAUAUCGUGGCGUCGAAUGUUUCGCUGGAGAAAUCGGAACCGGUGGUGCACAACAACGGCGGCGUCACCUUAUCGCAACCGCCACCACAAAUCAAGGAAACGGAACUGGUUGAGGAUGUAGCGGCUUUCAAGAAAAGCCUACCCCUCUUCCCUUUGGCCGCAUCGACGGACAAGAACAACAUCUUGGCGACGAAAGCCAAGCUCUAAAAGAAAUUUGUUCAACUUUCGUUCCGCCAACACUUUGUGGUCUACGGUCAGGGGAAUUGUAGGAAGAAAAUUAUAUUUUUAAUUGCGUUUUUUUUCUCUCCUCUCUGUUGUCAAUUAUAAUAUCGAUGCAAAGUUUCAACAGUUGCACACACUCUGUACACCCCCAGCCUACUACUCCUCCUUAUAAUCAAUGACCUCUAAAAAAAAUGGGCUGAAACAAAUCAUUCGCCAAUGUUUCUUUUUGUUUCCUCUUAUUUUUCCUACCUCUCUUCACUUGAAUAGUUACGUCAUUUCUAAUUAAGCAAACACUACUCGUGUAUGUCGAGCGCUAUUUAAUCCUUGACACUUUUUUAGUUUAUUCCAUCGGUUUGGGAGAGAAUAAACAUCUAGUUGAAGAGAUCCUUCAAACAAGAA